AUGGCAAAGUCAAGCUCGGCCGAGUCCAACAUAACUCUGAAACUUCUGAUCGACUUCAAGGAAAAAAGAGUCCUGUUUGCUGAAGCAGGCAAGGACUUUGCUGAUUUUCUCUUCACCCUUUUGUCUUUGCCAGUGGGAACAGUUAUCCGGCUCCUAUCGACAAAUGGCAUGGUGGGAACUCUCGGAAAGCUCUACCAGAGCUUCGAAAGCUUAAGCGACACUUACAUGCAACCAAACGUCAACAAGGACAUUCUUUUGAAACCCAACUCAUCAAUCGGCUCUUCUUCUUCAGCCACCCUUCUCUCGUUGACCGACAGUAGUGACACAUCUGUCCGUAAAAAACUGUACAUAUGCGGGAGCUGUGGCAGAAGUGGGUCCGACGAAAGGCCGGGAGCCACAUGCACUUAUUGCCCUAGAAGAUCCAUCACCACGGAGCUCGUCUACGUGGCUCCCCCACCUCCUAAUGCGGGGGUGUCGUCUGCUGAGGGAGGUUUUGUGAAAGGUGUCGUUACGUAUAUGAUAAUGGACGAUCUAGAAGUCAAGCCCAUGUCCACCAUAUCAAGCAUUGCUAUGCUCAAUAAGUUCAAUGUUAAGGAGGUGGGUGGUCUUGAGGAGAAGACUGUUUCGGUUGGCAUAAAAGAGGGAUUGAAAUUGUUGAAGGCUUCGCUGGAGACAAAUACUGUUCUCACCAUUGUUUUUCUUGGGAAGUAG